GGUCCGUUCGCAUUGGGAGUACAAGCUUUGAUGGGCGUGAUAGUACUCGGUGCACUCGUUUUCAAACGCUACAGAGAGCCUUAUAGACGUCCAUGGAAAAUCUGGUACGCGCUAUGCGAUGUUUCCAAGCAGAUAAUAGGGCAGGCUUUCGUACAUGGCUUCAAUCUCCUAGUCUCAGACUUUUUCGCCGUACAUGGCGGUGAAAAUCCAUGUAGCGGUUAUUUCCUCAACAUUACGAUAGACACAACGAUAGGCGUUCUCAUUAUAUACGGCUUCAUGAAAUUGUUCCAUUGGCUACUCGUUACUAAGCUUCACAACGAACGUUUUCGUUCCGGACACUAUGGCAAACCACCUUCUAUUAUUUCAUGGCUUCUUCAGCUAGUCGUCUACGUACUGAUCCUCACCCUCAUGAAACUCCUCGUUGCUGUUUCUUUAGCAAUCUUACCCUUAUUCAGUAUAUCGGAUUUCCUGCUUGAUGAGAUUAGUCCAAACGCACAAGUUAUUAUCUCUAUGUGUAUCUGGCCCCUCAUCAUGAACGUUCUGCAGUUCUGGUUAAUAGAUUCGCUUAUUAAAUCUAAAUCU